AUGGGCUCAACGACCGCGAGAACCCCCAUCCGCCUCGCCAUCCUCGAGGCGGACACGCCCGUGCCCAACGCCAACGCCAAGUACCACGGCUACAGGGGCGUCUUCACCGACCUCUUCCGGCGCGCCGUCGCCCCGGAGCCGCUCGAGGCCCACCUCGCCGUCACGGGCUACGACGUGGUCAACGAGCCGGACAGGUACCCGGACCUGGACUCGGUGGACGCCGUCCUCGUCAGCGGCUCCAAGCACUCGGCGUACCUGGACGACGAGUGGAUCGUCAAGCUGGUCGCCUUCACGCGCAAGGCGCUGGCCACCGGCGGGAGGGUCAAGGUGGUGGGCAUCUGCUUCGGGCACCAGAUCGUCGGGCGGGCGCUGGGCGUCAAGGUGGACCGCAACGACAAGGGCUGGGAGGUCAGUGUGACGGAGAUCAAGCUGAGUGAGACGGGGAGGGCAGUGUUUGGGUCCGACACCCUGAAACUACACCAGAUGCACCGUGACAUUGUCUUUUCAAAUCCCGAGGGCGCGCAGAACCUGGGCGAGAACGACGUCUGUGCCACGCAGGGCUUCCUCCUCCCGGGCAAGGCGAUCACGGUGCAAGGGCACCCAGAGUUUACGGGCGAGAUCAUAAGCGAGAUCCUCGAGAUUAGGCACGACACCAAGGUCUUCACUGACGAGGUCUACUCCUCGGGUGUGGACAGGGCGAACAAAGACCACGAUGGUGUGAAGAUAGCCCAAGCGUUUUUGCGUUUCAUAAAGGGCCAGGAAACUUCCUCGGCCUAG